AUGCUCCCGGACCGCCCGGCCCGGGAUACGAGGGCGCGCGCCUCGGAGCUGCAGCAAGCGCCACGACCGGCCUCCACUACCGUCGCCACGCACAAGGUGACCGUCCACGACCGCCAGCGCGGGGUCGUCUACGAAUUCGUCGUGCCCGAGGACCAGUACAUUCUACACACCGCGGAGGCGCAGGACAUCAGGCUGCCGUUCGCGUGCCGCCACGGUUGCUGUACAAGCUGUGCAGUCCGAAUAAAAUCAGGACAAAUAAGGCAGCCUGAAGCACUUGGGAUAUCUGCAGAACUAAAAGAUCAGGGCUAUGCUUUGUUGUGUGUUGGUUUCCCAUCUGGUGAUGUUGAAGUCGAGACUCAAGAUGAAGAUGAAGUAUAUUGGCUCCAAUUUGGGAGAUAUUUUGCACGAGGGCCUGUGGAAAGAGAUGAUUACGCGCUAGAACUUGCAAUGGGAGACGAAUGA